CAACAGCGGCAGCAUCAGCAGCAAGUUAGAUUAAACAUAGAAUAUGCAUCGAAUUUACUAUGACGACGACAUGACCACCUUCCUUUCCUCUGCUUCUCAAGCUCUCUAUCAAUCUUCUCUGUAUCUCCCUCACCUCCUUAAACUUUUUUUGUUCUCUCUUCCACACUGUAACAAUUUCAGCGAUUAUCAUUGACAAACCACAUUGACACAACCUACUCCGUUCUAAAUGCACAUACACCAUCUUUCUCUCUCACUUCUUUUUUUAUUCUUUACUUUACUGUCUUUUUGUUAUUUUGAUCCAUUAAAAAACCAUACCUUGCUUGACAACCACGCACAGCACACGCAUCAAUAAUAAUCCAACUAGUAGCAACCAUGAUGUCUGUAUAUAGAGACGAACGCGUCGAUUCCUCCGAAUCAAAGAUAAUACGAUGGCUCAAACUGGAUCAAUUUGAGCCAGAACGAGCAGUGACAUCGUAUUUUGUGUCAACAAAAACACUAUUUAUGCUUCGGAUUCCGCUGGUGCUUUAUUCGACGAUCGUCAUGUGGUCGGAUAUUGGCACGUCCAUUGCAGCCGGUGAAUUCCAGCAUUAUUUCGCAUAUUUCACCCGGUUUACCUUUGUUGGUCUUCACGCCUAUUUGGUGACAACCUUUUGCCAUCAUAUCCAAUACCUACGAUGCCAGCCCAUGCAUCCAGCGUCGUUCUUGAACCAAUCUUCGAUCCUGAAUUACCUUUAUGUUUUCUUAUAUCACACUGUCGUCACAUACAACGUUCUAACACCAACGGUAUAUUGGGCCCUAUUAUCAGGCGUGCUUGUCAGCAAUAAAGAAGCAACGCCAGUGGAUUGGUGGAUGGCUUCAUCACUUCAUGCCGCAACCUUUUUCAUGAUGAUGACCGAAGUUAUUAUGACGCGUAUGGUUCUCCACACUCGGAUGGUAGUACUCGUCUUUGGUCUUGUAUUGGUGUACUUGAUGCUAGCCUUUAUUAUCUACGCAUGUGAAAGCUGGUGGGUAUAUUCAUUCCUUGAUUGGAGUCAAGGGCCCUCGGCUGCAAUAUGGUACAUUGCAGUUGCAGUGUUUGUCAUCCUUUGUUUUUUCCUGCAGAAAGGCAUUCAUGCAUUACGGGACAAGAUUGGGGUUAGACGCCGGAUGGUUGAUGACGAUGAAACAAUUAUGCCGGCCAGCGAAGAUGAAGAAAAGAAAGUGGCAUAUGACAGUGAUAAGGUCCAGCAUCUUGAGCAACCAAAUGAUGACAAACGGUACUAUUCACAGACUUUGGUUGAAAGUAGCCUUGCCUCCCACAUCACCCUUGGUGCAUCGUCCACAGACAAUCUUCAGCUUUGAGUAUAUAGUAUAUAUAACAAUGUUACGAACUCACUUUUACAUAUUCAUAUCUCCCAUAAUAUCGCCAUAAAACUAAUAAUAAUCAUCUCUAUCGCUCUCGAAGGAGUACACAUUUACCCACGUACAGUUAUUCUUCUGCCCGCGCCCCUUAUCUACCCGUUAUUUUGUCGAGUUGUAUUUGGUAGUAUUUGUUUUCUGAUGCUAAAGUAGUACAAAAUGUUAUU